AUGAAGGCCAUAGAGCUCAUGAAACUGCGACGGAAAGCAGAACCGGCCAACCCAAGAGAUGACCCCUCGAGUGUCCCGAUGGACGAACGACUCAUUGUAGAAGUUACUUACAAUACAAUGGGUAUGGCUCUCUGGGUCAAGAAUGAUGUAAUUGCCGGUCGAGCCCUCGACUUGUUCGCAGCAAAGAUGAGAGUUCAUGUCUCACCGCUUCAAUUAAAAGAGAUGAACGGCGACAUCCUCAAGACGGACGAAUUGCUCUCUGCUCAGGUCGAAAACCCGUGUAAACUUACAAUAGAGAGAAGGGCUUCCUGA